AUGAGAUCCACUAUUUGCUGCGAGGUGCAGUUCUCAGAGAGUCAUCCUUUUCUUAAAAAUCACUGGGUGCUUACUUGUCCAAAGACAUCCAGAAUCAUCAAAGACAUGUUUCUGUGGCUUUUGGGGAUUACCUGCCGUUGCCAACUGGGUUUCAGCCUAACCUUUGUAGCUGGGGAAAUUAAUGGUAAUUUCUCAUUGUUCCUAAAAGAUAAUGUGCAGUCCUUGAGGGCAGGGUUGUCUUUUACUCAGACUGCCCUUUUACCCUUGUCCAGCCCAGCCCAGUGCAGUGAUGGUUUAGGGCUUUGUAAAUUUGUGUUGUUCCUUCAGACUGCACUGAGACAUUGA